AUGCUCAAAUCUACCUAUUCCGCUUUAAAUCCACUCCCACCCGGAUGGACUGAGCACAAGGCUCCAUCAGGCCAUUCCUAUUACUACAAUGCCCAAACAAAGCAGUCAACAUAUAAGAGACCAGCCCCACUUCCCCCAGACUCUCCGCCUAGAGGAGCACCAGCUCAGCCGCCAUUUGGUUUUUCAGCGGCUUUUACCGGUGUCCCGAUUCCAGCGUUCGCGCAUCAGUCGCACUACGGACCCAUGCCCUUCAAUAUAGCAGGUCACUUCGAUAAAUCUCGCAGAGAUAGUGCCGGGAACAGGCGGGGUCAUGAUAGACCACCUCGCCAUCCAGAGGACAGGCCAAAGUCCAAGCACGCGAUCCCCGGUUGCCAUCCGUGGCUUCUCGUAAAAACAAAAUUAGGUCGUCGAUUUGUUCAUAACCCGGAUACUAACGAUAGCUUCUGGAAAUUCCCACCGGAUGUAUUGAAAGGGGUUGUCGAGUAUGAUCGUCUCGAACGGGAAAGAACAGAGCGGAGAGAGCGGGGUGAACUAAGUGGAGAAGAGCAACCAGAAGCGGGGGUUCCUGGAAGUGUGUCACAGGAACGCGAGCAAUUACCCUCUAUCGGUCGGAAUGAACCUAGGGAGGAAGAGGAUAGCGAUGAGUAUGAAGAGGUCGAGGUAACGGAUGAAGAGGGCGAGGAGGGGACUAUACCAUACAAAAGGGAGAGAACCGAUAAAGAAGCCAGCGAAACCGGACCCAUCGAAUUCAAUGAAGGUGAUAUCGAAUAUCAGCUUGCAGCCAUGGGUGAGGAAUACGGAUUGGACCCUGGAGAAUAUGGAGAGCCGGGUGAGGAGGGAUGGGAGGACGGCGCAGAGGGUCUCCCACUCACAGAAGAGGACUCAGUGGCAUUGUUCCGCGACCUACUAGAUGAUUUCCGGAUAAACCCUUACAUGCCAUGGGAGAAGCUAAUUGAAGAGGGUAAAAUCAUUGAUGACUCCAGAUACACGAUAAUGCCCAAUAUGAGAUCGCGCCGUGAGGCCUGGACCGACUGGAGCCGCGAUCGGAUACAAGAGUUGAAAGAACGACGAGAAAAGGAAGAAAAGAAAGAUCCCCGAAUCCGCUUCCUUGCUUUCCUACAGGAAUAUGCCACACCGAAAUUAUACUGGCCAGAGUUCAAACGUAAAUAUAGAAAGGAACCUGAAAUGAAGGAUAAUAAACUAUCAGAUAAAGACCGGGAAAAGCUCUACCGGGACCAUAUAUCACGCCUUAAAUUAUCCGAAAGUACUCGAAAAUCGGACCUUUCCACCCUUCUCAAGUCCAUACCCAUCCACGAGCUGAAUAGAUCGUCGACGCCGGAUACGCUUCCCGCUAGUAUCCUCGCGGACCUACGAUAUAUCUCAUUGCCACCCAACGUUCGCGAUUCGCUAAUUCAAGCAUACAUAUUAACUCUGUCCCCCGCACCCGAGCCGGAUAAUAUAUCUGCUGAGGAACAAGCAGCACGUGAUAAACGUCGGGCUGAGCGGGAGAAACGGGAAAAGGCAUUUGCCGAACGGGAGUUAUUGGUGCAGGAGCAAAAGCGGAAGCAAAGGGGUGCAUUGAUGCAUGGCAGGGAUAUGUUACGUCAAGGAGAAGCGGAGUUGGAAAUGGCGAUGCGAGUUGGCAAGGAGGGAUUGAAAAGUCAUCUGGAGCCGAAGAUGGCAACUCAAGUUCACUCUGAUGAUAAUGAUGGUUAG